AUGUUCUGCGCCAAAGGCGAUGUCGUUCACUGUAACCGUUACUUGAUGCACCGCGACCCUGAUUACUGGGGUGAAGAUGCUGACGAGUUCCGUCCCGAGCGCUGGGCAGAUGUCCGGCCCCUAUGGCACUUUGUGCCCUUUGGCGGAGGUCCCAGGAUCUGCCCGGCACACAUUCUCGUGGCAACAGAGUCGGCAUAUGCUCUAACACGUUUCUGUCAGAGGUUCAAGACUCUUGAGUCUCGAGAUGACCGGCCUUAUGUGCCAGUUAUGCGCGCUGGGCCGAGUAAUCUUCAUGGUGUCCAAGUUUCAGUCACUCCAUGGUAG